CUCUGAGUCAGAGUCAGACCGCAGUGGCAGCUCAGGAAAGCUAGGAGUCGAACACUGGACAGGGCGCAGUUGAGCUGGUAUGGUUGGCUUGCAUUCACUUGCAUUUGCUUUCUUUACAAGAACUUACGUCUCUAAGGGUCUUGCAUCGAUCGUAUAGCUCUGCGUGACCUCUUUCUAGCUCAACAUGGCUGACCUCAAGCUCAACGAUGUAAAGGACCUGACACGGAUCGAGCGCAUUGGGGCACAUUCGCACAUCCGAGGGCUGGGGCUCGAUGAUGCCCUUGAUGCACGGAAAGUGUCUCAGGGGAUGGUCGGGCAGACCAAGGCCAGGAAAGCGGCGGGGGUGAUCUUGCAGAUGAUCAGGGAGGGAAAGAUUGCUGGGCGGGGUGUACUUCUAGCAGGUCAGCCGGGGACCGGUAAGACCGCCAUCGCAAUGGGCAUGGCAAAAGCCCUGGGGGAGGAGACUCCGUUUGCGAUGAUGGCCGGAAGCGAGAUCUUCUCCCUGGAGAUGUCUAAAACGGAGGCCCUGACGCAAGCGUUCCGCAAAGCAAUUGGUGUGCGCAUCAAGGAGGAGACGGAGGUGAUUGAGGGCGAGGUGGUGGAGAUCCAGAUUGACAGGCCCGCGACGGCCGGGGCAGCGGCAAAGACUGGAAAACUCACACUAAAGACGACCGACAUGGAGACAAUCUACGACCUGGGCACCAAGAUGAUCGAGUCGCUCAACAAGGAGAAGGUGCAGAGCGGUGACGUCAUCGCAAUCGACAAAGCGACCGGGAAAAUCACCAAGCUCGGGCGCUCGUUCGCGCGCUCGCGCGACUAUGACGCCAUGGGCCCGACCACCAAGUUCGUGCAAUGCCCGGACGGGGAGCUGCAGAAGCGGAAGGAAGUGGUCCACGUCGUCAGCCUGCACGAGAUUGACGUCAUCAAUAGCAGAACGCAGGGCUUCCUGGCGCUGUUUGCGGGGGACACGGGCGAGAUCCGGUCGGAGGUGCGCGAGCAGAUUGACAGCAAGGUGGCGGAGUGGCGGGAAGAGGGCAAGGCCGAAAUCGUGCCCGGCGUUCUCUUCAUCGACGAGGUCCACAUGCUCGACAUCGAGUGCUUCUCCUUCCUCAACCGGGCGCUCGAGAACGAAAUGUCGCCCAUUCUAGUUGUGGCGACCAACCGGGGCAUCACGAGGAUACGUGGCACCAACUACAAGUCGCCGCACGGCAUCCCGAUCGACCUCCUAGACCGGUUGCUAAUCAUCUCGACGGAGCCGUAUAGCGAGGCGGAGAUCCGGGCCAUUCUGGACAUCCGGUGUGAGGAGGAAGACGUGGAGAUGAGCGACGAUGCGCGGGAGCUUCUGACGAAGAUCGGGCACGAGACGUCGCUCCGGUAUGCGAUCCACUUGAUCACGGCGGCGUCGCUCGCGUGCCAAAAAAGGAAGGGGACGGAAGUAGAGAUAGAGGAUAUCAGCAGGGUGUACACCCUCUUCCUAGACGUCAAGCGCUCCACACAAUUUUUGAUAGAGUACCAAGAGCAAUUCAUGUUCAACGAGGUACCAAAGACUGACGAGGAUGUUGAAAUGGCAGGUUGAGCAACUAAAAGUCACCCUUUUACAUGAUAGCAAAAGAACGUGGGAAAACAUGCCGGCAAUUUGGGGUGGUUCUAGCACGUUUGGAGACACUCCCACUCGUCUCCUGAUCACAAGCUCCUAUGCUAUGCAUGAUGCAAAACAUCAACCUUAAUCCCGUUCGAGACUUCCAACGCUUUGCUAGCAUGAUUGUGGCAAUG